AUGUCACAAUCCGAACAGCCGAGCCACAGCUCGACUCCACGAUCUUUUACCAGCCAAACUGUCUCAGCAGAAGACCUGCUCAAGUCGCAGACAGUUGGUCUCGUUCAUCUCUCCGACUUUCGCAAACGUCGCGCAGAGGUUCUAGAGCAAAAAGAGCGCGAAGCCCAUGACAAGUCACUAGGAAGAUUCACCCCUGGUAUAUCCAGAAGCGCAACUCCUUCUACGGGUGAAGGGACCGACGGUAACUCGACGCCACGAAGCGAGGGCCCGCCGAAGAAGAAGAAAAAGAAGCCCAUCUCGAAGAGUAAACUGUCCUUUGGCGAUGACGAUGAGGAGGAGAAUGAUAGUGCUGCUGAUGCAGCCGCAACGCCGCGUGACUCGAGCAUCCCCCGUUCGGUCACCAAAACCCCCGUCGGCGACAGUUCUGCGCCGUCGUCACGUCGAAUCACCCCGAAUCCAAAUGCCCCGCCUCCUCCGAAGGCAAUGACAAAGGCUGCCUUGAAGGCAGAGGCAGAAACAAGGGACGCUCUCCGCAAGCAGUUCCUUGCUAUGCAGGAAGCCGUGAAGAACACAGAGAUAUUGAUGCCCUUUAUAUUUUUCGACGGGACCAACAUCCCAGCGGGGACUGUCAGGGUCAAGAAAGGCGACCCAGUCUGGUUGUUUUUGGAUCGGUGCCGAAAAGUCGGCGCAGAAUUGGGCGUUGGCGGUUCCAGCGGCGCAUCAAAGGGCCGCAAAGACAAUCGUCGCGAAUGGGCUCGAGUCAGUGUCGAUGACCUGAUGUUGGUCAAAGGGGAAAUCAUCGUUCCUCAUCAUUAUGAGCUUUAUUAUUUUAUCGCCAACCGCAUACCCAGUUACUCCAGCACCGGUGGUUUGCUAUUCGAUUACUCCGAUAAACCGCCCUUGGCUAUAUCAAAAGAUGAUCCUCUAUCACGACCGAACAACGACGACAUAGAAGGUGCCGAUAAGGAUCCCUCUCUGACAAAAGUGACUGUUCUCGUGAACCCUGACGACGCGGUAGCGACUGUCCUCAACCCCACGGAAGACUACAAGACCAGUGUGCUUAGUGGGCUGGAUCCAAACACGAUCAUGGAGUGUGCGGGGCGGGCAUUGCUCUUUUGGACGUAUCAGACUACUCAGGAGAUUUUUUACCAGAAAUUCCUCGCGAAGACAUUGACAGAGAAAUACACCAACCUAAACACACAGUUGGACAAGGUUAUACACAACGCCAACUCAGAGAUCUCAGCCCUACAAGCACGAGUAUCAGUCAAUAUAACCAUUCAGUGA